AUGCCCAUCAAGACAGCCACAAAACUCCAAUGGGUGGUGCAGGGAUCUUUGUAUCUUCUGAUCUUGGCCAGCUGUGUCAGUAGCCUCAAGCCAUCCAGUAUCAACCUGAGGACCUUCAUUGGCUGUGCUGUUCGUGAGUUCACUUUCCUGGCCAAGAAGCCAGGCUGCAAGGGGAUGCGAAUCACCACUGAUGCCUGCUGGGGCCGUUGUGAGACUUGGGAGAAGCCAGUGUUGGAUCCCCCUUACAUUGAAGCACACCAUCGUGUCUGCACUUACAAUGAGACCAAGCUGGUGACGGUGAAGUUGCCCAACUGUGCAGCCAACGUUAGUCCUGUCUACACAUAUCCCAAAGCCAUCCGGUGUGACUGCAGUGUGUGUCUCACCACAACCACAGAAUGUGAGACUAUCUGAAUCGUCCAGUUGGUGUAGCUUGAUCUACUUUGGUCCAUAUUCUGCUGAAGGAGAAACUGCUGUAGGGUGGUGGACAUAGUGUAAA